AUGGCCUUGCCGCGAGAGUCUGCGUUUCUGCCGACCAUCAAGUGCUCACAAUGCGGACAUGAAGUGGAAAUCUCCAUGAUGGGAGAGCAUUUGUGCAAUGAGCCAACAACUCCAGAGUUGUCGCCGCCACUAGACGCCCAGGCGACGUUUGAAAGCGCAUAUCAAGCCACGCGCAACAAGUACUUACGAACACCACCUUCAGUAGAUACUGGAGCCGCAAACCGAUAUUUGAAGCAAGGCCAGCUCACACCAGUGAGCCCCUCUGGCAGCUCCCGCGAUACAUCGCCCAAAACGCCACGCAGACGCUCAGGGCUAAACAGAAGAUACAGCGACGACUAUGCUCCGGAAAUCGCCAGCACAGAAGAAGGCCAGCGAUCUCCCCAAGGUUACGGCCGUAGACCGGGAGGCUACGGAGGCUUCGGCAACCAGAUACCAGAACCAGAGAGCACCGAGACUUCGGAGCGGCCUGCAAAAGAAGCCCUUGCACCGACAUUACUUCAACGCAUGGGCGAACUCGCAGUUGGAUAUGGAGGCUUCGGCGCAAAACCUGUCGAGGUGGCCGCUAAGCCGGCUCCUGCGCCGCCUGCCGCGCCAGAAAAGCCGGCUGAAGCACAACUUGAGCAAGCGCCUCCUGCAGAGGCAUCUGGGUUCCUGAAACGUAUCAACGACCUUGCUGGUGCCGCCUUCGAUGCUGGCCGUCGACCUGCUGCUCCCGAAAAGGCCGCAUUCCCUUCAAGGAACGAUUCUCUGGAAAAGCUGGAUUUCCCGGCUGAUCUGACCGCUGCUCCCUCCACUAACAACAAGCAAAAGCCCGUAAGACAAAAUGGCUACGGCGGCUUAAACGAGCCGGUAUCGAAAUUCAACGGCACUCGGGGUAUACCGCGCGCGGAAACCUUCCCGCGCCCUAAAAUUUCAAAGGACAGGUCCGGACGUCGAUCGCCAGGCUCUAGCCCACAGUCUGACUUGCACCGUCUUCCGUCAGCGCCGUUGCGACCAGGUCUCGAUGCCAACCACAGGCCUUCCAUGGGACCCGAUACCUCGCGACGUCCUCCACCUCGCACAAGUCUCAUCAAGCAAAGUGGUAGUACCUCUUCCAUUGAUCUCGAGAAGGAGUUUGGUGUUCGCAAUCCUUACCACACCCCCCACGACUCCAUGUCCUCGGGCUACUCGUCUCGCAGCGAGCGCAGCAAUCUGUCGGUGAGCAACGGAACGGAUCGUUUCAUGCAGCGGAACAACUCUGAGGGCGCACGCCGACUUCGACAGCCCCCCCAGUCUUCGAUGCCCGACAAGGCUACGGAACCGCGACGCGAGAACUUGCGCCCCGAGCUUCGCAUCGACCCUGCUAUUCAAGCCCCCACGCGCGGGCCUGGGCGGUUUGUGGAAUCACCUUAUAGCGCGUCUCCUCGGGAUGAUCGUUACGACCCGGCCAUCCAAUCGGGCAUUUCUGGCAGCAGCCGCGGCAAUCAUUACGACUCAUCGCCCAAGCAGAGCUUGAGCGCUGGUGGCUAUGGCGCCAGCAGCAGCAAUGACCGUCCAUACGGCGCGCCAAUGCCGCCGCCUGCCCGCCUGGCUUCCCGUGAUGCUCUGCACGCGCCGUCGCGCGGAGACUGCAAGGCGUGCCGCCUGCCCAUCACAGGCAAGAGCAUCUCGUCGGCCGACGGUCGGCUGACGGGCAAGUACCACAAGGCAUGCUUCGUCUGCACGACAUGCACUCGACCGUUCUCGUCGGCCGAGUUUUACGUACACCGCGACAGACCCUACUGCGAGAUUCACUACCACAAGCUUAACGGCAGCCUGUGCGGCGCGUGCGACCGCGGCAUCGAGGGCCAGUACGCCGAGGACGAGGCGCGCGUCAAGUACCAUGUUGGCUGCUUCCGCUGCCUCGACUGCGGCAAAUCCCUGUCGGACGGCUACUUUGAGGUGGACGGCAAGUCGUACUGCGAGCGCGAUGCAUGGCGUCGCGUGGAGAGUGAGACACCGCCAGCGCUGGCGCUGACACCAUCCGCGGCCGAAUAUGUCAGCAGCAGCAGCACCAAUAAUCUCGGUCAAAUCAGUAAUCAGCGGCCGCUGACACCUAGCGGUACUCUGUCGUCGACAAACACCCAGGGCAGCAGAGGACUGGCCACCCGUGGCGUAGGUGCCGGCAUGGACAGAGGUCCGUAUGGCGUGGCUCCUCGUGGCAUGAACAAGCGCAUGACACGUAUUGGCAUGAUGUAG